AAGCGUUUGUACUUUAUUGUCAUUCAUUUGCGAAACAAAGCAUCUGGCAAUUCUGCCCACGUAUUUCUCGAUUCAAGAUGGCGUUGGAUCGAGAAAACGAAAAUAUUUUUCUGGAGUUUAUUGAAACUUCUGAAACGGCGGAGCUUCUCAAAACGUUCCAGCUUUCUGAUGCAGCCAUCGAAUAUUUCCUCGCCUUAGGUGACUUGAAUAUUAUAGAAAGAGCCGAAGUGGAAGCGUUAUUACCCAGCCCAUUUUUAGCUGAUCGCACUCGUACCAUAUAUGGUCUAAACAAGUGGCGUAUUUCUCAGAAUUUAAUUCCUCUGACAAUUCCUUUAGCAGAGAAACGAGCCAAUUUUAGUUCUGAUAGUAAGUUAUUGAGAAGUAAAAAUCCCCUUGAUGGAACCGAUAAGAUACAAUGGACGGCCCGUUUACUAAUCGAGCGUUCGAAAAAAGGAAAGGAAGUUAUAAUAAAAUACAACAAGUGUAAAAUACUCGCUAAAAAUCAUAAAACGUUUAUCACACAUUUGAUUGUUGAUGAGAUUGUUGAUAAGUUUAGCAAGCUGUCGAAGGAUGAACUAAUUCAGAGGGCAAGAUCAUUUGUUGAAAGAUUCAUUCAAAUUGCUUCUCCAAGUUACACGCCUUGAUGUAUUACAUGUUUUUUGCUCAUAUGGAGACAUUUGAUUGUUUUUUUUAGCACGUAUGGUAUCAGCCUACAACGAUUCGUGAUGUGAAUGGUAGAAAAAUUAAGCUUAGUCGUUUAACGCGAGGAUGUUUGUUGAAUCGAAAUCACAACUAUAGAGCAGCUGCAGUUUUGGAAAAAGGUGAUACCAUACUGCCCGGUCAAAAUUUCCUUGUAUAUAGUAGACCUAGAGAAAUCCAAAUAAAUUUUUAAGUCAGAGACAGAUUUUUGAAAAAAUAACAUGGCAACUUUGCCUCUGUUAUAUUUGCAUCACCAAAGAUUCUUUUUUAAACUAUGGAAAUGUUCAGUUUCAAUUGUAGCAUGGGAGAAACUGUCAUGUUGAUCAUUUUCAAAUGAAUUUAGAUGAUAUAAGUGACUUCAAAAAUAGCCAAGCUGGCAUACUUCUGAGAAGGUUGCUGAUUGGUUCAGCUAUUUUCAGGAAUAAUGGUUGCUUUGGGAAAAGGGUCAGAGUCUAGUAAUAUCCUGAAAAACAUGAGUUGAUAUAGUUUAAUCGAUUUUUCCGAAUAAAUGAUAUAUGGGACAUCAGAAAUAAAAAAAAAAAAAGAUUGCUGAUAAAUUCAGAUAUCUUUAGGAAUAAUGGUUGCUCUGGGAGAAGGGUUAGUGUCAAGUAGAAAACUGGAGUAUGCGUAAGUAUGGAUUUACUAAAUUGUUUCGAAUAGUAAAAACAAAAAUAGCCAAUCUAGCAUUCUGCUGAACAGGUAUAUAUCAAAAAUAUAAAAGCUGGCAUAGUGCUGAAAAGGUUGCUGAAAUAUUCAGCUAUCUUCCGGUAUGAUAGUUACUCUGGAAACAGGGUCAGAUUCGAGUAAGAUGCUAAUAUAUUCAAGGUCAGAGUAUAGUAUAGUGAUAUAUGGGACAUAAAAAAUAACCAAGCUGGUAUACUGUUGAAAAGGUUGCUGGUAUAUUCAGCUAGAUUCAUGUAUAAUGGCUGCUAGAA